AUGGGGGAAAGGCAAGUAGGUAUCAUGGUGUUGAGCCCUGAGGGGGAUGACGACUCCAAUGGAGGUUCAAGCGAUAUCAAUGUUGAGUACGUUAUGUCACAAAAAGAUACUCUUGACACCGGUCAAACAAUAGCUAACAUCUAUCCGAACAGUAUCCUGUUCGUCCAUGGGCUCGAUGGCGAUCGUGUAGGCUCAUGGACAGCCGAAGGUCCAAAGAUGUGUUUUUGGCCCAAAGAUCUCUUGCCCAGAUAUUUUCCUAAAGCUCGUAUCAUGACGUUCGGGUACAAUGCCAAUGUUAUCUUGAAUACCGUUGAGGGCCGCAUAGCUGAGUUUGCUAACAACUUGAUUGCGGAACUUUCAGCUCGGAGAUGUGGAGAAGUCAAAAGCAGGCCCUUGAUAUUUGUUUGUCACAGCAUGGGAGGUAUUGUUGUAAAACGUGCUUUAGCUGCAGCCAGCAACCGUCUGGCUCAUAGUGGUAUUAGCGAAUCAUGUCAUUCUAUUAUUUUCAUGGCUACUCCACACAGAGGAAGCAGCAAGGCCGCAUAUAUGGACCUGGCUACAAAGCUGGUCAAUGUUCUCAGCGGCCGUGUUACUACAAAAGCCAUAAAAGAGAUCACGUUAUUCUCGGAUGUUUUGGAUGAUAUUAACUCCUCAUUCGUUGAUAUCUCGUGGAAAUAUCAAAUCGUGAGUUUCUUUGAGAAAGAGCCUACUGGGAAUUUAGGAAUGAUUGUCGAGAAGUUCUCCGCCGUAAUGGAAGUUCCGGCAGAGAUAAACCAGAUUGCUUGCACGGCGAAUCACAGAACGAUUUGCCGCUUCCACGAUUCAGGUUCGGCUGAUUUCACCACCUUUCGUCUUCAAUUGCAGUCUUUGGUGUCCAGUGCAACGGACGAAGCGAUGUCAUCUCUUCUGGACGCUAUGAGCUCUGAUAGUGAUCGAUCUUUUGCAAUUUCUGGUCUCGGCGGACUAGGCAAGACACAAUUAGUCCUAAAGUUUAUACACACUUAUUGUCAGAAACUUGGUUACUCACAUGUUUUAUGGGCGACCGCCGAGGACAGCAAUAAGUUAGCAAAUGCGUUCCGAGAUAUGGCCGUUGAACUAGGUGUUGUUGAGCAAUCGGUCAUAGACGACGACAGAUGUCGGCAGGCCAUGCGAGAUUGGUUCACCAACCACAAGCGAUGGCUCUUAAUCUUGGACAAUGCAGACAAGCCCAGAAUUCUGGUGGAUUAUAUCCCCUAUCCAUUACAUGGGUCAGUUAUCCUGACUUCUCGUGACGGCGGAAUACAGCGCAAGGAAUAUGCAGCAUCGGGGCUGAAGUUACCCCCACUAACGGAUGCUGACGGCGCUUCAUUCCUUUUGAAAGCCUUACGCGACCACCCUGAUGCGCCUGAACUUGACGAAGGGGACGUAACCAUUCGCAACCUCGCGGCUGAGAUCUCAAGAGAACUUGGCGGCCAUCCUCUCGCAUUGACGACUAUAGCCGCUUACAUCAAUAACUGCGACAGUUCUCUGGCGGAAUUCCUAGCCAAUUUUCGCCAGAAUCGUGGAGAGAUUUUUGAAAAGACCGCCCCAUACAAUCUGGAGCCCGAACCUUAUUAUAAGCAAACACUUGCUACGUGUUGGUCUAUGACUUUGCGACCAUUACACUUGGAUAAGGGUGCAGGUGCUGUUCUUGGAAUCCUUGCCUUGCUUGACCCUGACAAAAUCAACAUGGACAUACUUGCAGAUUAUGCAAGUGACAAAAGAGCUUCUAGAAUAUCGGCCUUGGAAAAUCCUUCCACUUAUCGAAGUGGUUACAUUAUUUUGCGCAAGAGAGCUUUUGUAUAUCAAGGAGCAACAGGGUUCACGGUUCAUCGAUUGGUCCAAGAAGCAUGGAUUUCGGAGCUGAAUGAGAGACACAUGCUCUGGGAGGCGUUCGACGAUGCUGUUAGAUGCAUCGCUCGUAUAUACCCCCGACAAGUUAAUGGCGAAUCAAUGAGCAAUGACUUCGACGACUGCCGCAAGCUGACCUCUCAUGUUAUCUCUCUAGAAAAGCAUUUCCAGAAGCAUUUCAAGCAACUUUUCGAUUCGUCAACGACAUCAGAGCAUAUGCCAAAGUCUGGUGAGAGAUUCGCUCAGCUUCUCGCUGACGCAGGGUGGUUUCUGUACGAGGCUGGCCAGUGGGAAAGCGGAAAAGCCUUCUUCGAGACUGGAAUAAGCAUCUGCGACAAGGUCUUUGCCAUGAAGCCUACAAAGCUCACGGCCGUCCUUUACAAUAACCUUGGAGUGAUAUAUGAUUCCCAGCACAAGCCUGAUGAAUCUCUAGCCAACGCUAUGAAGGCUUUGAAGAUACGAGAAGAAUGCUUGCCCGCUGGCGACCCUGAGAUGGGGAACUCGUAUUCAAAUAUUGGGCAUUCAUUUAUUGACAAAGGUGAUUAUGUACAGGCGCAGAAGCACUACCUAGAUGCCAUUCAAGUUCACGAGAAAUGCGAGACACCGUCGCACGAUUUGCUUGAGGGUGCAUAUUCCUGCAUGGGUAAAAGCAUGCUCUAUCUUGAUCGCCUGGAUGAGGCCGAGUUCUGGAUCCAGAAAGCAAUGCACUAUCAUGAGCACUUCAAGCCGGCGAACUUCUUCGUCGCCGAAACACUGUUCGCAAUGGGCUCUUUGAGGAUGAAGCAGAAGCGGUGGGGUGAGGCUGAAGAGCUGAUUCAAGAGAGUCUGUCUAUCCGCACCAGGAUUCUGGGGAAGAAUGCUAGGCUUGUAGGCGUAUGCCUUCACCAUCUUGGGUUCAUCAAAGACCAUAUAGGUGAACUCGACAUGGCAGAGACGUAUUUCAGGCGAGCUAUUGACAUCUUUUCAGUGUCAUCGGAGAAACAGACCGGUCUGCUUGAGCGGUCAAUGAUUCGUUUAGUACAGGUUCUAGAGCAUGGUGCGGAGGCCAAUUCGGAGGAGGUGAGCCACCUCCGCGAGGAGAUUUCCAAGAGCGCAAAGCUUGACAAAUUGACGCAGGAACUUGAAGCAUAUGAUGACAUUGGAUGGGAGGGCGUAGUCCAGGUUGCUUAUCGCUGUUAUAAAUAA